AUGCUUUGCCUUGGCUCCAAGGCCGCCAAAAAGCAAAAGCAAGGCAAGCUGAGCAAGGCUGAGAAGAAAAGGCUGCAGAAGGAGGAGGAAGAGAAGAGACUGCAAGAGGAAGAGGAGGCCCGGCUGCAGGCAGAGAGAGAGGAACAAGAGAGGUUGGAGAAGGAGAGGAAGAGGCAAGAGGUGCUGGAAAGGCUUGAGUUAAAGGACCAAGAGCGCAGAGAGGACGAGCUGACCGAACUGCGCCAUCUACUGGAAGACAAUCAUAGUGCAGUGACCAAAUGGAAAGCCGAUUCCUGGGAGAAAGCUCAGUGGGAUCGGUACAUGUGCUGUGACGGCACCCCAGACCCAAGAGAGCAGAGGGAAAUAAACACCUACAUCAGCUUGUGGAGAGAUAACCCUGAGGUUAACAUCACACCUGUGCUUGAGCAGUGUGACCACACUCUACAGCUGAUUGAGGAGCUGGAGGGCUGGCUGUAUGAUGUCAGAGAGCCAGCUGAGGGCGACAAGUACCAGGAGACCCUCCUCUCUUUGCAGGAGAUGAUCAGCUCCAAACUCCUCCUUGCCACUGAGGAGAUCCUAAAGAAUGCCUGCAAACACUCCGAAACCGAGAUGAGCAACAUGCAAACCGUGGUCAAAGACAGCAACAUCACACUGUGUCUCUGGGCUAACCUCAAGAAGAGCCUAAGGUGUACAGAUAUCUACUUCGAGGAGGCUGGCAUAGGCUUUGAGCUGUCCAAGCAGCUGGCUGUGAGCAGUAUCGCUGUAAGGAUUCUCCAUACUCGCUACGACCACCUGUCCUGGCUGGCUGGGAUUCCUCCGCUGAGUGCUCGGUCUCUCGCAGGAGGGGAUGGGGUCCCACCGGACAUGGAUUUAUCAGAACAGGGGGAGACAGAAGGAGAGGAGGAGGUGAGGGCAGGCAGUGAAAGCUCCUUGCGGCACCAAGCGGCACAAGAGGAGGCGCAGUCCAUCCACGGGUCUGAAGGGAGGAAGAGUCCACAGAGUAUGCUUUCAGGGAGAAGCAGUGGUAACAAGCCUGUGAACGGCCAGGACAGCCAGAUACAGACACAGAUGGAGGAACUCUCUGUUGAGGACUCUGGUAACACCCAGGUGGAGCUGGUCACUGACAGUGGUGUGAGUGUCCAGGUGGUGGACUUACAGCAGUACACGCCCCUGGGCGGGGUCUUCUACUGGGAUGUUUUCCACCUCCCGCCACAAGCCCAUAGCAUCCAUGACUGGGAAAUCAGACAGAUACUGCACACAAGGCUGCAGGAGUUUGCCUAUCCCAUGAAGCAGUCCAAGGUUCAGGGCUCAGCCUCUAGCAUCACAGAGGACCUCACAUGCCCCCCAGUUGGGGUGUCCGUGACGCUGCCUGACUUUGUCCUCUUCUCGGAAACCCCCCAGGUGGCUCGCUGGGAUGCAGCAGAGAAGCAGUGGAGGAUGGACGGCAUCACCGACUUCAACUAUGAGGCAUCUGAGGCCAAGGUCUCCUUCAAGAUGGACUCUUUCCAUGUCUUCGUGCUGAUGCAGGACACCUACGUCAACCUGCCUUUCCAAAGCUGGGAGCUCCGACCUCUGGGCCAGGACGCGGCUCUGUUCACCGUCAACGCGGCGCUCAUUGACCUCACCAUCACUAUCCAGGGUAACCAGUGCAUGCUGCAGUCAGAGCAAGAUAAAGGCCUCUCUCAUCUCCAAGGGAAGUGGAUGGGAGGCCCUGCCCUGCAGAGAGCCAUGGUCAAUGCUGGGAUCAACAUCUUUGUCAAUGAGUACACUGACAAAUAUGUUAGCACCUGCGGCAAGGACCCGCUGACAGAACAUGCUGCCUACGAGCAGAUGGCGCUUCUCUCUUCUGCCUGCGCUUUCUCAUGGAGCCAGUGGAACGCUAAGUGUGGAGCAGAGCAUCUGGUGAUGCAGGUGUGUGAGCACCACGGCCCCUCCCCUGUCCCUAAAGACUCGUGGAGCCUCUACCUGCUAGGUGCUCAGAGGAAUCAGAAGCUUGAGAUUACAGAGAAGAGCGAGGCUUUUUCUCCAGACCUUUAUCCCGAAAGCGAGUUCCACUCCACGUUCAUCCACAUGCUGCAGGACGACAUGAGCACCGAUGGCACAGCGAGGGCCAGGAACUCCCACUACCUGUUUGUCGACACAGUGCAGAGUCUACUUUGUGCCACCAGACCGCUUAUGUACUCUUAAACCUUAAAACUUUAGAGUAGGAUCUCUGACACAAGGCUACACUUGGGAUUUAAAAUGCAUAACAACACGCAGAUCUCUUGUAGAGUUGGCUACUUUAUUUGUGCAAAGAUUCACGCACCUUCUUUGGAACAUACAAAAGUUUAUGAAGUUGAAAACGGUGAUCACCACAGCAAGAACUGAAG